CCAUUACUACAGUUUCAUCAGAGACAUCGUCAACCCGCACGCCUACAAGAACAACAAGUGGUAUUUGUUCAACGACGCCGAGGUGAAGCCGUUUGACUCGGCUCAGCUCGCCUCCGAGUGCUUCGGCGGAGAGAUGACGACUAAAACCUACGACUCCGUCACCGACCAAGUUCAUGGAUUUCUCCUUUGAGAAGACUCACAGCGCCUACAUGCUCUUCUAUAAGCGAGUGGAGCUGGAGGAGGAGAACGGGAAGGACUUCAGCUUCGACGUGUCUCCUGAUUUACUCGAGUGGAUUUGGCACGACAACAUGCAGUUCCUCCAGGACAAGAACAUCUUCGAACACACGUACUUUGGUUUCAUGUGGCAGCUCUGUAGUUGCAUCCCCAGCACGCUGCCAGACCCCAAAGCCGUCUCCCUCAUGACGGCCAAGCUGAGCACGUCGUUCGUCCUGGAAACUUUCAUUCACUCCAAGGAAAAGCCGACGAUGCUUCAGUGGAUCGAGCUCCUCACUAAACAGUUCAACAACAGUCAGGCCGCCUGCGAGUGGUUUUUGGAUCGGAUGGCGGAUGAUAACUGGUGGCCGAUGCAGAUCCUCAUUAAAUGUCCCAAUCAGAUCGUCAGACAGAUGUUCCAGAGGUUGUGUAUUCACGUCAUCCAGCGGCUGAGACCGGUUCACGCUCACCUCUACCUGCAGCCCGGCAUGGAGGACGGGUCUGAUGACAUGGACGGACCGGUGGAAGACAUCGGCAGCCGGUCGUGUGUGACUCGCUUCGUGAAGACUCUUCUGUCCAUCAUGGAGCACGGAGUCAAACCUCACAGCAAACACCUCACCGAGUACUUCGCCUUCCUCUACGAGUUCGCCAAGAUGGGAGAGGAAGAGAGUCAGUUCCUGUUGUCUCUACAAGCGAUCUCCAUCAUGGUGCAUUUCUACAUGGGAACCAAAGGACCCGAGAAUCCUCAGGUGGAAGUGUUGUCGGAGGAGGAAGGAGAAGAGGAAGACGAGGAGGAAGACAUCUUGUCUCUGGCAGAGGAGAAGUAUCGUCCGGCGGCUCUGGAGAAGAUGAUCGCUCUCAUCGCUCUGCUGGUGGAGCAGUCUCGCUCCGAAAGACAUCUGACGCUGUCUCAGAGCGACAUGGCGGCUCUGACCGGAGGCAAAGGAUUCCCCUUCCUGUUCCAGCACAUCAGAGACGGCAUCAACAUCAGACAGACCUGCAACCUCAUCUUCAGCCUCUGUCGCUAUAACAACCGCCUGGCCGAGCACAUUGUGUCCAUGCUCUUCACCUCUAUCGCCAAACUGACUCCAGAGGCUGCAAAUCCGUUCUUCAAGCUGCUGACGAUGCUGAUGGAGUUUGCUGGCGGACCGCCGGGGAUGCCUUCCUUCGCUUCCUACAUCCUGCAGAGGAUCUGGGAGGUGAUCGAGUACAACCCGUCUCAGUGUCUGGACUGGCUCGCCGUUCAGACCCCCAGAAACAAGCUGGCCCACAGCUGGGUCCUGCAGAACAUGGAGAACUGGGUGGAACGGUUCCUGCUGGCACACAACUACCCACGAGUCCGCACAUCGGCGGCGUACCUCCUCGUCUCUCUCAUCCCCAGCAACUCCUUCCGCCAGAUGUUCCGCUCCACCCGUUCCCUCCACCUGCCGACCCGCGAGCUGCCGCUGUCCCCCGACACCACCGUCGUCCUCCACCAGGUCUACAACCUGCUGCUGGGGCUGCUGGGACGCGCCAAGCUCUACGUGGACGCCAGCGUGCACGGGACCACCAAGCUGGUGCAGUACUUCAGCUUCAUGACCUACUGCCUCAUCUCCAAGACGGAGAAACUCAUGUUCUCCGGAUACUUCAUGGACCUCUGGAACCUCUUCCAGCCCAAACUGUCCGAACCAGCCAUCGCGACCAACCACAACAAGCAGGCGUUGCUCUCCUUCUGGUACAACGUGUGCGUGGACUGUCCGGAGAACGUCCGUCUGGUGGUGCAGAACCCCGUGGUGACCAAGAACAUCGCCUUCAACUACAUCCUGGCCGACCACGACGACCAGGAGGUGGUGCUGUUCAACCGCGGCAUGCUGCCCGCCUACUACGGCAUCCUGCGCAUGUGCUGCGAGCAGUCGCCCACCUUCACCCGCCAGCUGGCGUCGCACCAGAACAUCCAGUGGGCCUUCAAGAACCUGACGCCACACGCAAGCCAAUACCCCGGGGCGGUGGAGGAGCUGUUUAACUUGAUGCAGCUGUUCGUGGCGCAGCGAGCCGACAUGAGAGAAGAAGAGCUGGAGGACGUCAAACAGUUCAAGAAAACCACCAUCAGCUGCUACCUGCGCUGCCUGGACGGACGCUCCUGCUGGACCACGCUGAUCAGUGCCUUCAGGGUUCUGCUGGAGAACGACGAGGACCGACUGCUGGUCGUCUUCAACAGAGGACUCAUCCUCAUGACUGAAUCCUUCAACACUCUGCACAUGAUGUACCACGAGGCGACGGCGUGCCACGUCACCGGCGACCUGGUGGAGCUGCUCUCCAUCUUCCUGUCUGUCCUCAAAGCCACUCGACCGUACCUGCAGCGCAAAGAUGUGAAGCAGGCUCUGAUUCAGUGGCAGGAGAGGAUCGACUUCGCCCACAAGCUGCUCACCCUCCUCAACUCCUACAGCCCACCUGAACUCCGCAACGCCUGCCUGGACGUGCUGAAGGAACUUGUUCUCCUGAGUCCACAUGACUUCCUGCACACUCUGGUCCCCUUCCUGCAGCACAACCACUGCACCUACCACCACAGCAACAUCCCCAUGUCUUUCGGCCCCUACCUGCCCUGCAGAGAGAACAUCAAGCUGAUGGGAGCCAAAAACAACAUCCGACCUCCUCGACCGGAGCUCAACAUGUGUCUGCUGCCCUCGAUGGUGGAGAGCAGCAAGGGUAAAGACGAGGUGUACGACCGGAUGCUGCUGGAUUAUUUCCUUUCCUACCACCAGUUCAUCCACCUGCUGUGUCGCGUCGCCAUCAACUGCGAGAAAUUCACAGACACGCUCGUCAAACUAAGUGUGUUGAUAGCAUAUGAAGGACUUCCUCUUCACCUCGCUCUUUUCCCCAAACUGUGGACGGAGCUCUGUCAGUCGCAGUCUGUUCUGGCUAAAACGUGUGUGAAGCUGCUGUGUGAAGAUCCGGCCUUCAGCGAGUACAUCAAGUGCAUCCUGAUGGACGAGAGGACGUUCCUCAACAACAACAUGGCGUACUCCUUCCUCACCUGCUUCCUGCACAAGGUCCAGGUGCUGUCCGGUCCCAGCUGCUCCAACCUGAUUGGUGUUUUGGUGACGAACCUGCUGAGCGAGCAGAGCAGCCUGCAGCCUGAACUGGCCGCUCACCGGCUGGAGCUCAGCAAGACCAGCGGCCUGCUCAACGCUGACUUGAGGGCGUUGGUGUUGCUGCUGUCCGUCCAGCCGCCUCAGGUCGUCGACCCCGCUCUCUGCCCCGCCCUGCAGGAGCUGCUGGGACGCUGUCGUGUUUGUGUCCAGCAGCGUAGCGCUCUGGAGCUGGAGGCCAAGGACCACAAGGCCAAAGCUGAGGACGAAGGAGCGACCCCUGUGAAGCGGCGGAGGGUGAGCAGUGAUGACGACAGAGCCGGUGAUGCGGCGGCGUCGCUCUGCGUGGCCUCCACCUCUUCCUCCUCCUCCUCUUCCUCCUCGGCCCUCCCGCCGUGCGGCGAGCCGAAGCCCGACCACCAGGAGGCGCUGACGCCCACCAGCACAUCAGACACAGAGACUCGUGACUCCUCUUCGCUUAUCGACCCGGGCACGGAGCAGGACCCGCCCUCCCCUGACCCCGCCCCCACCUCCUCUGGAAACCUGGACUCCUCCCCCAAAGAGGAGAAGAUGGAGGCCUCUUCAUCAUCAUCCUCCUCUUUUUCCUCCUCCUCCUCCCUGCUGCAGGAGACGGAGCCGGCGUUCGUGCAGGCGGAGGAAACGGAGCCGCCGAGACACGUGACGCAGGCGGGUGAGGCGGCGUCUGCUUCCUUAGAGGAGGUGAAGGAAGAGAAGGAGGCGGACUCUAAGACCGGCGGCAGCUCGGCCCCGCCCCUCUCAGAGGACGCCGCCUUCCCAUCAGCCCUGGGGCUGGGGGGGGAGGGGUCAGAGGGCUGCGGAGGCCACGCCCCCUCCUCCCAGGUGUUCCCGAGCGCCGGCCCCCCACCUGACAUGCUGGACAUGCUGUACAGGACGGUGGAAGCCACCAUCGCCAUAGUUACCAAACUGUCCGUUAAAGGCCCGCCCUCUUCAUGACAUCAUCAACUCAUAGCCGCCAUGAGAUCUUUUACAAAAACUUUUUUUUUCUCUUUUUGAAAAUCUGAAAUCUGCUCAGAGGAAAAAAAAACGUUUUCCUGUUUCAGUUUCUUCUUCUUCUUCUGCUGUUUGUGUGCUGCUGUUCGUUGCCUUCUGCUGAUGUUCAGUCGGUCGGUUUUCCAGCUUCAGUGGCUCCCGCCGUGUCGUUUCCGCUCUAUAAAACUGACUCCACGCACAGCCGACCCUUCGUUUGACAAGUAAAGAAGAAAAACAGAAAAAGUCGUACAAGCUAUAGCACAUUUUUUUCAAAGGGCAAAAAAAGUUUGUUUUGGUUUUUUUUUUUGUGUGUGUGUUUUAUACUGAUAAUUUGUUUUGGAAAGUGAUUUUAUUUGUUUUAGGUUUGCUGUAACGGGGAAAGGUUUACACAACUUUUGUCUCCUCUGUAUGUAAUUUAAUUUUAUUGCAUUUUUACUGUGUAUAAAAAUGGUCGUCCUCUGUGCCAGUUUUGUACUUUAUGAACGAGGCAAAAGAAAGUUGCCUUGACUUUUUCUGUGGUUUAAUUAUCCAGAAACUAAGUUUACCUGUAAAUUAAGAGAACCACAAGAAACUUGAUUCUGUAAAGAAUCCUCUCUAGUCAUUGCCUGAAGGUGUAUAUGAAAACUAUAUAAAUAUAUAUAUAAAUAUCUUUAUAUAUAUAUGAAUAUAUAAAAGCGGUGCUUUAUUUGACUGUGGUUAAAAUAAAGCCCCCAUGUUGGACCAGUUGGAGCUUUUAUUUUCUUUACUGAAGUACAUUCCAUAAUCUAUUGUUUAUUUUCGCUUCUUCUGCUGUGUCAUGAUUUUCUUCUGAUUUUAUUUUAAUAGAGAAUAAAUUAAUAAAACAGUUUUAAUAUGA